GUUUGCUGGAGAACCUCUCUGACGGGCCUGGGGUCGAGCCUGAGGUCAGCGAUGUGGUCAUCAGUGGCCAUGGCAGUGACGUUGGAAGUACUAUGUCCGACUUGAGCUGCAGUGACGUCGUCAUCGAUGGAGAACAUUCCGACGCGUCACCCACCUCCUCGCCCACGAAGCGGGGUCGGCGGAUGGAACGCAAGAAGGAGAAACAUGAACAACCGAAAGGCAUGGUCCUCGGAGCAGGAGACGAGGAGGUCAUCUCCGGAGCUCUAGGUAUCAAUAUCGACAAUCCCGGCAAGAUUGGCGAUUUCUACGACCUCGGAAGGUCUAUAGGAGAAGGCUCCUUCGGAGCUGUUUUCAAAGCCACGGUCCGUGCUACGGAUGCCAUCCGUGCGGUGAAGCGAAUACCGCUGCCGAAAACAGGCCGCGACCGUCAACUACGGCUUGACUUCUUGAAGCAGGAGCUACGCAUCACGAAGAUGAUGGAUCACCCGAGCAUCGUGAAGCUCUUUGAGGUUUUCGAGGACGACAAGAAUGUCUACAUGGUUAUGGAGCUCUGUCGGGAUGGAGAUCUCGAGGAGCACGUCCAGGAGGGCGGUGUAGAUGAGCUGGACGCGGCAACCGUGAUGCAGCAGAUUCUGCGCGGGGUGGCCUACAUGCACAAUCACAAGAUCUGCCAUCGGGAUCUGAAGGCGGAGAACAUGCUGCUGGUGAUGCGGCCGGUGCCAAAGGCAGCGAAGCAUCCCCACUCUAAGUUUGAGAGCGCUAUCCGGAUCUCGGACUUCGGGUUAUCCUGUACAUAUGAGGAUGGGCAAAUGAUGAAGCGGAAUUGCGGCACCGACAGCCACAAGUCUCCCCAGGUCUUUGGUCACAACUACAACUACAAGUGUGACGUAUGGGCCUGUGGCGUCAUCAUGUACUUCCUCCUGAGUGGAAGCUUACCUUUCGAGGGCAGAGAUGCUGAGGAACUGCAAAAGAAGAUCUGCGCUGCAAAAGUUACCUGGUGCCAGGAGUGGAUGUCGCGAUCCGGUGAGGCCAUGAACCUGGCCCGACAGCUUCUGAACUCCAACGAGGCCGUCAGGGCCGAAGCCGCGCAGGCGCUGAAGCACAAGUGGUUCACCAAGAGGGUCCCUCGCAGAAGACUGGCAGCUGUGGACGAGGAGAUUCUCAACAGUCUCCGCGGCUUCCGAAAACUCAACAAGUUCCGGAAGGCCUCUCUGGCAGUCAUUGCCAGCAUGCUGCCCGAAAAAGUCAUCCGCCCGGGUCGAGACCUGUUUAUUUAUCUCGACAAGGAUGGUGAUGGCGAGGUCACGCUGACCGAGUUGCGGGAGGCCAUGGAGGACUUGAAAACGAACAAGCCGAAAGACGCGGGACGCGUGUCAGAGGACUCCGAAUCAGUCAGUCUUUCAGGGCUGGACCUCAACCUGGACAUCUUCUCUGAGAAAAAGAGCAACUUCGAUGCUUCCCAUCCCCUGCCCCAAGUAUUGAAUCCUCAGGCCGAUGUAAACUGCACCGUGCCAAAGGCACAGAAGCAGGACGAGCCGGAGGCGAAAUCAGCUGCAAAGCCAGCUGCAAAGGCGUCCACCAAACCAGCUGCAAAGUCGGCUGCAAAGAGCCAGGGAGGUCAGGGCAAGGAUGGUAAGGAGAAGUUGGAGGAGGCGGCCCAGCCAGCGGCCCAGCCAGCGGCCCAGCCAGCCGCCCAGCCAGCGCCGGCGGUUCCAGCGGCUGAAGCCCAAAAGGCGAUGCUGCGUUCGCAGCCCUCUUUCCAGUUGGACCAAGAGUUCCCGGCCUUCAGCUACACCGAGUUCGUUGCCGCCACCUUCGAUCGAAGCCGGCACUCCACCGAAGCGGUGUGUCGUGCAGCAUUUCGAUGCUUCGACAAGGACAACUCGGGCCAGUUGGAGCCGGCUGAGCUGGUUGAUGGCUACCUCCUUGGAAACCUUGAGCCUCACGAGGUGGAUCAGAUCAUGGAAGAGCUGGAUGAAAACGGUGAUGGCGAGAUUGACUUCCAAGAGUUCAUGGCCAUGAUGACACAUCAGGAGUCUCCCACCAUGUCUCCAAAGAGCAAUCCUCCCGCCGCGAAAGCAAAGGACAGGCAUCACAAGUAA